UUGGGUCGAGAGUGCGGAGCUAGACCUCGCCCCGCGGCGGGGUGGGCGUGGCCGUCCCUCGCCCCGCCCCUGCUCCGUGGCUGGUUCGCUUUCAGCGGGCGCCCGACACCCAGACAUGGGCCUGACCUGGGGGAGCCCCGGGGCGGUGCGGCUGGCGCUCUGCCUCGCAGGCUUGGUGCUCUCUCUCUACGCGCUGCACGUGAAGGCGGCGCGCGCCCGGGACCAAGAUUACCGCGCGCUCUGUGACGUGGGCACCGCCAUCAGCUGUUCGCGUGUCUUCUCGUCCAGGUGGGGCCAGGGCUUCGGGCUGGUGGAACAAGUGCUGGGCCGGGACAGCAUCUUCAAUCAAUCCAACAGCAUAUUCGGUUGCAUCUUCUACACACUACAGCUGUUGUUAGGUUGCCUCCGGGGCCGCUGGGUAUCUGUCCUGCUGCUGCUGAGUUCCCUGGUGUCUCUCGCUGGUUCUGUCUACCUGGCCUGGAUCCUGUUCUUUGUGCUCUAUGAUUUCUGCAUUGUUUGCAUCACUACCUAUGCCAUCAAUGUGGGCCUGAUGGUGCUCAGCUUCCGAGAAGUCCAGGGACCCCAGGGCAAAGUCAAGGGGCACUGAGCCCUCACCCCGAGCCAGGUUGACCGCUUAUGCUGUGCUUUGGCAUGUCAGCCUUGCCUAAGGGGGACAUGUCUGGGUCCUUAGAAGAGUCUACAACCCACCUCCACCAUACUCCCAACACAGGAUAAUGGACCAAAUGUGCCACACUCUUUCCUCCACCUAGUAGCUCUGGCUCCAAGGAUUGGUUUCCAAAGCUCCUGCCAUUGCCUGAGGAGGGAGGGUUCUGAGCAAUAAAAUUUGUUAAAUUGGUUAA